AUGAGUAAAUCCUCAAAGAGACAUGAUACUUCAAUUGAAUUAGUAUCACAGAAUGGUCCCAUACCCAUUAAUGUAAUGAUGCAAGAAGGUGUUAAGGCACUUACAAAGAUCUUAUCAAACCAAUUGCAAGAUAGGAAAGUAUUUGAUAAUCCUCAACAAUCGAUGCAAUUUGUUAUCAGGAAUGGAGCUAAUAAGAUGUCAAAGGUUAAUCUACAAAUUAAUAAAACACGGAAGAAGAAGCAACCAUCAAAGCAAUCUACUGGUGAGGAAGGUGCUGAUAUCGAUGAUGAUAUCGUUGAGUUAGAUAAUAAAAGCAACUAUCAUGUCAAUGGAUCAGUAAAGAGUUCAGAAGUGCAGAGUGAGAAUAAGGAUGAACUUUCAGACGAAGAAUAUGAUGAUCCAGAACUUCAUCUUGAUGCAGAUGAUAACGAUGAUGGUGAAGCUGAAAUCAUUUUUGAUUACGAAACGAACGGUGAUGAUACUCCAGAGGGAUUAAGUGCUCGUAUUUCUCAAAUGAUAGAAUCUGUGUUACCUAGCGAGUUUCAAGCUGAGGCCCAUGGAAGACUUCGUGCAGUGGUGAAUGGAGAUGAACUAAAUAUUACAGAAAUAGAUGAUGACGAUGAAGAAGAUGACCUUACUACGAAUCAUGAUAGUAUUGCUCAGAUAGGGGUACGACAUAAUCACCAUUCAUCCCCAGGUCAAAGAGAACAUAUCAACAACAGUGAACUCAAUCAUCAGCAUCAUCAGCGUCAUCAAUCGAGGCGACAUGAAGGAAUAAAUGAACAUGAAGAGAUGGACGACGAUGCAGGAGAAGAGGAAAAUUCUGAACAUGAAGGAUGUUGCCCGCAUCACCAGCACCACAAUCAACUUCGAAAUUUUAGAAAUGGCAACUAUCAUGAUUAUAACUAUCCGACUGAUUCAUAUAAUAAACCGAAUUUCUCAAUAUUACUUGAUCAAAAAGAGCCUGCUUGCAUGUUUUGUGAAUAUUAUCUAGUAUUUGGAGAAGCGCCUCGAAAUAUGAUUAAAUGGUAUAAUCGAAUGUAUGGUUACAGUCGUCUACCUCAUUCUAAUGAUAGAGGGUAUCAUGAUCGAAAAGGACAACAUUAA